AUGUGUAUCUCUUCGAGACCUCGAACGGGAAUCAGGGUGGACGGACAACCAAUAAAACUCGUCGAUGAGUUCUGUUACCUAGGCUGUACGCUGAAGAACAAUGGCAGCUACGAGAGAGAUGUUCAGCAAAGAUGCGCUAAGGCCACUUCUGCAUUUAACUCCUUAACGAAAUGCCUGUGGUCGAUCCCCAUCACCAACGAAGUCAAGCUGCGAGUCUACCUUCCCACAAUUCGCCCAUCAUGA